AUGCAGUUCUCCGCGCUCAUCGUCGGCGCUUUCGCAUUCUCGGCUUUUGCAGCCCCUCAGUCGACUUCCACUUCUCCGUCGACUGAGUUGGCCGUCGCUGUCUCGAGCCUGUCGAGCAUCGGCAAGCCACAAGUCACUCCCUCGGCUGUGGACAUCAGCGACCCAUACCCAGACUUCACCGCUCUCAUUCGAAACGUGCAAGUCCCAGGCGAUGGCUUCGCCCAUCUCGCCGACGAUGGCGUAUUCCGCUUCUACGCCCCCAACGGCACUGUCCUCCACGCCAUCCCUUUCUCCAACGCUCAGAUCCGCUCCCUGCUCGAAAUCCGCCCUCCAGUCUGGGAACCCUACCGCAACGAGCUAGAGCGUAUAUUCGAGAACAUUGAUGGCAACACCGUGGACGCUACUGAGCACGACGUCCUCCUUAACCCACCCGUCAACCUCAAGCCAGCAGUCUUCGGCGGCCCAGAUCACGCAAUGCCAGAGCUCGACGCCAAGCUUGAGGAUCUGAUCAAGACCAAGAAGAUCGACGCUACCUCUGUCGAGCAGAAGCACUUCGCUUUCGCUAAGUCCAUCAACAUCGGCGAAGACCAGACUGUCGACCCGAGGUUCCAGACUAAGGUCGACCUCAACAUGAAGCCGGGAUUGUGGUGCUUGGGUCAGCUCUGCUCCAGCCAUGAGGGCUGCCGAAUCAUGGGCUGUCAGGCUUGCUCCUAUGUCGAUGCGGUUCUCUCGAAGAUCAAGGUUUGUUUCUGA